GAGCACGAGCUGCUACCCUUACGGCGCGCGGGGCUCGUACAUCGUCAGAUAUGUGAGUGGACGUGAAGCGGAGCGUCUCGCGCUGCACUACCACGGCAGGAUGGCGGGAGGACGGCGGGGUCUCGUGGCCCCUCAGAACACGUUCUUGGAGAACAUCGUUCGCCGGUCCAACGAUACCAAUUUUGUGCUGGGGAAUGCUCAGAUUGUGGACUGGCCGAUCGUCUACAGCAAUGAUGGGUUCUGUAAACUAUCUGGUUACCAUCGAGCAGAGGUCAUGCAAAAGAGUAGCACCUGCAGCUUCAUGUACGGAGAGCUGACGGAUAAGGAGAUGAGUGAGAAGGUUCGUCAGACCUUUGAAAACUAUGAGAUGAACUCUUUUGAGAUUCUGAUGUACAAGAAAAACCGGAUGCCAGUGUGGUUUUUCGUAAAGAUUGCUCCAAUCAGAAACGAGCAGGACAAAGUUGUCCUGUUCCUCUGCACCUUCAGUGACAUCACCGCCUUCAAGCAACCAAUCGAGGAUGACUCUUCGAAAGGGUGGGGUAAAUUUGCCCGUCUGACUCGUGCAUUAACCAGCAGUCGAGGAGUUCUUCAGCAGCUUGCUCCGGCUGUCCAUAAAGGAGAGAACGUCCACAAACAUUCACGGCUGGCAGAGGUUCUCCAGCUGGGUUCAGACAUCUUGCCUCAAUACAAACAGGAAACGCCGAAGACGCCACCACACAUCAUUCUACAUUACUGCCUCUUCAAAACUACGUGGGACUGGGUCAUCCUCAUCCUCACCUUUUAUACCGCCAUCAUGGUUCCCUACAAUGUCUCAUUCAAAACCAAGCAGAACAAUGUCACCUGGCUGGUAGUGGACAGCAUUGUGGAUGUCAUCUUUCUCGUCGACAUCGUCCUUAAUUUCCACACCACCUUCGUUGGUCCAGCCGGAGAAGUGAUUUCUGACCCAAAACUUAUUCGCAUGAACUAUGUGAAGACUUGGUUCGUCAUUGACCUGCUGUCCUGCCUGCCUUAUGAUGUCAUCAAUGCCUUUGAGAAUGUUGAUGAGGGAAUCAGCAGCCUUUUCAGCUCUCUCAAAGUGGUCCGUCUGCUGCGUUUGGGUCGGGUUGCCAGAAAGCUGGACCACUACAUAGAAUACGGUGCUGCCGUACUGGUUUUACUGGUGUGCGUUUUUGGCUUGGCGGCCCACUGGCUAGCCUGUAUCUGGUACAGCAUUGGAGACUACGAGGUGAUUGACGAGGACACCAACCGCGUGAGGAUGGACAGUUGGUUGUACCUUCUAGGAGAGACGGUGGGGACGCCGUACAGAUUCAAUGCCUCAGGCUCGGGCCGCUGGGAGGGAGGACCCAGCAAAGACUCAGUCUAUAUCACCUCGCUGUACUUCACCAUGACCAGUCUGACCAGCAUUGGCUUUGGAAAUAUUGCACCAAACACAGACGGAGAGAAGAUCUUCGCCGUGGCCAUGAUGAUGAUCGGAUCGCUGCUCUAUGCCACCAUCUUCGGUAAUGUCACCACCAUCUUCCAGCAGAUGUACGCCAACACCAACCGCUACCACGAGAUGCUUAACAGCGUGCGAGACUUCCUCAAACUCUAUCAGGUCCCCAAAGGCCUCAGUGAGCGAGUGAUGGAUUACAUUGUGUCCACUUGGUCCAUGUCCAGAGGCAUCGACACUGACAAGGUGCUGCAGAUUUGUCCCAAGGACAUGCGAGCAGACAUCUGCGUGCACCUUAACAGGAAGGUGUUUAAAGAACACCCUGCGUUUCGACUGGCGAGUGACGGCUGCCUGCGGGCCCUCGCCAUGGAGUUCCAGACCAUCCACAGCGCACCCGGAGACCUCAUCUACCACGCUGGAGAGAGUGUGGACAGCCUGUGCUUCGUAGUUUCGGGAUCGCUGGAGGUUAUCCAGGAUGAUGAGGUGGUGGCCAUUUUAGGUAAAGGUGAUGUGUUUGGCGACGUGUUUUGGAAGGAGAUGACCCUGGCUCAGUCCUGUGCUAACGUCCGAGCGUUGACCUACUGCGACCUCCACAUCAUCAAACGAGACGCGCUGCAGAAAGUGCUCGAGUUUUACUCCAACUUUGCCAACCACUUUGCCAGAAACUUGGUGCUCACCUACAACCUGAGGAAGAGGAUAAUCUUCCGGAAGAUCAGUGAUGUGAAACGUGAGGAAGAAGAGAUGCUGAAGAGGAAGAAUGAGGCUCCUCUGAACCUUCCUCCAGACCAUCCAGUCCGACGACUCUUCCAGCGUUUCAGGCAGCAGAAGGAGGCCCGGCUCACCGCUGAGCGGAUUAGUCACGGAACCAGUGAUGUGGAGAAAGGUGCUGCUCACGUGGAGCCAGCCAGAGGUCCGGAGAUCCUGGCUUCCACCAGUAUCGUAAUGGUGACUGAGAGUCCAGCCACACCCACCACAUCCUCCACUGCAUCCUCUUCAUGUAGGACCUCCAGCCGAGUCAUGCUACACACUCCCAUCACUCAAAAUGGCAACUUAACUGGCUGCAAAUCUGCAGAGCCACCGAAAGCUAAAGGCUGGGGACGAUUCAAGGAAUCGGUUGUGAAAGCUGAUUCAUGGAGCAGUGUCUCCAAGGCUGAGUCCAUGGAGACACUGCCUGAUAGAACUAAGUCUCAUGAUGAGAUGUCCCUCAAGAAAACCGACUCCUGUGACAGCGGCAUCACAAAGAGUGACCUCCGCUUGGACAAUGUUGGAGGUGCAAGAACCCCACAGGAGAGGAGUCCAGUCCAGUCUGACGAAAAGAAAGUCUUUUGUCCGAUACCAGAGCAGAGCAUGCAAGCCUCUUUCCUCGAACUGAAACAAGAAUUAAGAGGAGACAUCAGAUCUCUGAACAGUCGCAUGGAGGCACUGGAGACUCAGCUGGCAGAGAUGCUUCGACUUCUCAAAUCCAGGAAGUCGUCUGGCUCUUUUUUCGAGAUCUCUCGGCCACCCUCCCCUGACUCCGACAAGGACAGCUUCUCUUAAACUAGGCAUGGAGUCAGUCUACACAGUCAGCCUUCAGGUGUCAGAGAAAAGCUUCUGACUACAGAGUGAAACUGAUGAUGAUGGUCAAUGAUCAUAUCACACCGAUGAAAAAAGCCGCACUUUGUUAUGUUCUUAGCAUCUCUCUGCUGGUAGAGAUGUUGCAGAUGGAAACUGGAAUGAGGAUAAAGCAAUUUUUUUAUUUAAGAGUCAUGACAGUCAUGAUGGCACCUUCAGCCCUCAGGAGGGUUUGAAACCUACAGACAUUCACCGAAUAUUGGCAAUAAUAAUAGAUGGCUUUAAUGUUGUUGUUUUAAAACAGGACUCUGCCACUGUGAUAAAGGAAAUUGUGUACUUUGGGUUGAUUUGGUGGCUGUGACUUGCUGUUAUGAAGUCUGGUCCAAAAAGCCAGCUCAGAGCCUUCAGGUACUGAAGGGUCCACUCUCGUUGGCUUUGUGCACUCCCAAAUGAAAAGAAGGUUUACAUAUUUCAGUCUGCUGAACAGAGGCUUAUCUCAUUGACUCUAGUGGACAGACAAAGGCUUUACUACAGCGUUAACAAUUGGAGGUCAAGAUAAAGGUUUGUUUGGUUGUUUGAGAAUUAGCUUCUGUGAAACAUAUCAAAGCAACACUGUGUGAUUGGCUAUGAAGAGCUUUAGUCAACAGACUGGCAUUCAGUUUAAGUAGGAGGCUGCUGAACAUUGUGGACCAGACUUUCAGCUGAGGGUCAGUGGUUUGGUUUGGUGAGACAAGCACACCGGCCAGACUAACAGACUUAAACUCCAUUUUCCCACAGUAAUUGGGAUGCAGAACAAACAUUGUGUGUGAAAACAUCACAGAGAAGUCUUGCUGUUGGAAUCAGUAGCGUUUUUAUAUCUGGAAUGAAUGUGAAAGGUAAAGUGAAAAUGAGACCCUAAAUGUUUCUGACGUAAAUGUUUGAUUCCUGCACAGAACUGGACAAGUGAGUGGUUCCUUGUAAUUAUUGGAUUGGUUUUUAUAAAAUUGCAUGUUUCAAAGUUAAACAUAAGCACUAUUUGGAGACUUGAACACCUCCAAAUUCAAACUGUCAUCUGGUCAUUUCACUUUAAAAGAAAAAAUAUAUUGGAUGGCAAUUCUGAUAUUCUCUGGUUGCCUGAAUGCAUCUGAAUUCAAGUGGAAUAUGUAUAUGUUGUAGCUUACAGUACUUAUACGCUUUGAUUCAGGUGUUUUGAAGAAACGUUUAAUGAUAUUUAAUGACGUAUGUUAAGGGCAGGUGGCAUUUCCACCUCGUAUCAACCUGCGAUGCGUGUUUUACAGCUAUCACAGGACUUUACAUUUACCCUUGGCAAUAAUGUGUGUUUUCGUCAUUUCCAUUCUGCCAUUUAAUGUAAUGUGACUUCAUGAUUUCAGUGUGGAAAUUAGACAGACAGGAUUGGCAAACUUUUCAGAAAAUCUGCCACAUCUUGAGGUCAAGCGCAAGAUGCAGAACACUUUAAAGGGACUGCUACAGUUAAGGUAAGGGUCACUUCACAGAGUGUCUCAGUUAAAAUGUAACUAGGUUAACUUAAUUCAAGGAGGUAAUCGUAGUAAGUCAGGAUGCUUGCUGGCACUGCAACCUUUUUGGCUAAUCUAGGGCUUUGCAUUGUCGUGGUUCUUUGAGGGUCUCUUAAGCCAGAGCUGCUGUACGGGCUCUACUUAUUGUUCCAUGGAUGAAGAAGAGGCUUGCAUUUUGACAGGCAGGUUGACAUGGCUGGAAGAUGCAGAGCAAUUUUUUCUUAAAAAUGCUUCAAGAUGACAACUACUGAUCUGAUCUAAUUAAAGUACGAGUUAACCCUGGUCUAGAUGCCCAAUGGAAAUUGGAUCUUUUACACAGUCAUUGUGAAGUUUUGAACUGGUUUUACUGCCUCAGUUUUGUGAAAAGUGGAAGCAACUACAUGUCAAAUUCUGCACCAUUUUUCUUUCUUUUUUGUUUGUUUUUCAUAUAAGUAUGACAAAUCCUGAUCUGAUUUUUGUCUGAUCAGCGAAUGUGAAUUUGUCUGCUUAGUCCCUCAUGAUCACACUUGUUUGUUGUGAAGGAACUGAACAUUUUGGGAACUAUAGGACACUGUAAACAGUGAUGUUACUUGUGAUUUUUGUUCUCAUUAAUUCCUUAUACAAGCUGACUCCAUCAGACAGGAAUUGACUGUACAUUAUACAACACCACUCCUGUGUGCAAUAUCACUUAAAUGGCAAAUGAUUCAGCAUUGCACCAUCUCUCAAUAACUGCAUUUCUAAGUUGAGCAGCAGGAUAUUUUCCCCAAUGUAAGCUUCAGAAACUUCAGAUGCACUAUAUUAAAAAUACAGCAGCCAUAGUGGGAAAUCACCGCUACAAACUUCAGUAUGAGAUCCAAAUCUUUGAUUUAUUCCAAAACUUCGCUCGUCCUCUUUGAUUUAUUUUUUUAAUGGCACUCAAUGCCAAAUUUCUGGAGAGAUGUUUUGUCAUUGUUGUGCUGUUCUACUUUAAAAUACCCUAAAUGUGUUUUGUUAGUUUCAAGUUGGGCAACAUGCUUACUGCUAAGUCAUAGUUUUCACUUUUUUCUUCUUUAGAAACUCUUGUGUGAUUUUGGAAGUGUGCUUUGGAUCAUUAUCAUGCUGCAAUAUUCCUCUUCUGCCAAACUUCUGCAGACUGAGUCUCAUCCUGUCAGCCAGUAUUUGGUAUAUGCAUAGAUAUUCAUGAUGACAUUCAUAAAUCUCCCCAACAAGUGUUUCACUCAUGAAGCCCCAUGUCAUCACACUCUCACCUACAUGCUUUGCUGUUAGACCUGUCAGGUUUAUGCCAAAUAUGCUGGACUCCAUCUGAGCCGAACAAAUAUAUCCUGACUAAAGAAUCUGCUCCCAGUAUUCAGAAGGCAAUUUUGAGCCAAAGUGUAAGCAAGGCUUUCUUCCAUUAGACGCUGGCAUUGUGUACUGUCCUUCACACUGUCUGAGCUGUCACAGAAAGGAUUCCCUUUGAAAGAACAAGCCCGUCUGUGAAAGUAGUGCACUGUCCAUGGCGUAAUUUCAGGAAUAUGACUGCUGCAACUCUGAUUAAUGGUGCUAUGGUAUCAUUCUAUACUUCCUGAUUACUACUGAAACUGUGUUUCACCCUUUUGUUAUUCAUUGAUCUCCCUGUCUCCUUUUUCAUCUUUAUGAAGUCUCACAAUCAGAUUUUUCAGUUGAUUUGGUAGAGUUUUUGCAUGUGGAGCCAUAGGUCCACAACUGAGAAUGUCUUAGUGUUCACAGCUCAUUUUAUCACCAUGACUGAUUGAACAUUGGAGGGUUAAAUGAUCACAGGUUGUUUAAGUUGUGCCUCAGUAAACACAGGUGUAUUCACUUUUUGUCAUUGAGUUUCUACUCAAGUUGUCAACUUAAAAUGCAGAUGUUGAAAGGUGAUUCAAUUCUAAGUCACGGACAUAUAAGUGAUAUUGCACAGGGUUAUACUUAGUUCUGCUGCAUACUGUAAAUCAUAGGAAUAUCCAGGACAGUGUUGCUUCGAGGGAUAAUUGUGUGAAAUAAGUGGCUGCUGUGAGUUCCACCCAGUCCUUAAAACUAAAAAACGACCCCAAUAGCAUUGUAAAUGUCAAAAAGGAGUGAAAUCUGUUUUAAUUCAAGUUGCAUUAAUUAUUAUUAGAGCAUUAGUAAGCAGAAAGAGUCAAAAAUAAGUGUCCUUUUUGUCUUGAAAGAAAGACACCAGGAUGUUUUAGUCACUUUCUGUAUUUUAGGUACAUGUCAGUGCCUCCUGGGGGGAGAUGCAUUAUUUCUCCUCAGACUUUUGCUUCUUUGUUGAAAUUUUAUGAGCCUGUUAUGUUAAUGUUUGCUGGUCUGUUUCACUGUUGGUUCUGGAGGACUUUCAUUCCUCUGCAGAUGUUGCUGUUUGUUCCUCUGAGGGCUCACCGAUAGUGGCAAGGACUGCAAACAUGAUCAUACAGGACUACUUUACAUGUGUGGAAUACACAAAUGUAAAACACUGAACCAAGUUAUUCAGAAAACAAUAAGCGCUUUGCAUGUUGUCAGCUUUGGACAGGUGCUGUCCACAGCAGCUGUUUUUUGUUCACUCUACUGUCACAUGUACCAAAACCAACACACGAGUUGCAGUUCACUCGUACAUUGUUUUCAAGCAAACUGUGAUGGAACAGGCGUAAUGUCCUGUCUAGUUGGAGGCCACAGCAACUAAAAGACUCCCAGGUUUCUCUCCAAGGUGACCUGUGAUUAGCUCAGCUGCAUCCAUCUGUCCUAUUAGUUUAUACUCAGCAGAUCAUGGUAAUAUACAUCAUCCAGUUGUAUUGAUGAAAACCUUGACAGCCCAUCUGUCAUUUUUGGUGGAAAUGUCACAAUCAGUUGAACCAAUUAUGGAGGAGGAAGUCAAUUGUAUUGGUGGUUUUGCAUAAUUAAGUCUAAUUUUGUCAGAAACUUCUAAAUGUCUGCAAAUUUACCGUUCCAGCUGGAGUUCAUCAACAGUGAUGCAGCUUAGUUUGGAGUCAGUAAUUAUAAAGGACUUAAUGGUGCAAAUACAAGUCUCUGAAAUAAUGAUUACCAAACUUCUAACAUGAAUGAGUCUCCUUCAAAAAAGAACACAAUGAAGAUAACCGAACUGCAAUAAUAAACCUCCUCCGCUGUUUUUCACAUUUAGCUUUACAUUUUUCGUUCCCGCUCUUCUGUGACUUUCCACUUUGUGGUUUCCAGCCUCACCUUGAUCAUCACAACAUCUGCUGGUCAAUCGCAUACAACGCCUCAGUCUGUUACAACCUUUCUACAUUGUCUCAGGUCUCUCACAGGUUUCUAAAGAAACAUGAAGCCUGCUCGCCACCUUUAUCAGCUACUGUUAGCGAGGCCGAAAAUCCUGAUAUGGCCCAUAGCCUGUAUAUAAUGGUAGGUCUCCACAGAGGCGUUUUUUCUCCCAUCUGAAUAUCACAUGCACUAGUGGGCUACUAGGCGGUCACAUGACAGCCAUUCAGACCUUCACUCUGGUAGAAGCGUUGGACCAACAUGGCAGAUCGGUUGCAAACUUUUUCUUUUACUAAAAAAACAGUUCAGCAAAAAGUAUUUCUGAAAGCAUUUGAGGUGAGAAACAAGCUGCUGAAUCUGUCCUCAUUUUAGUUCAACGAUGGCUGGUUUAGACGUUUUCUAAAGUUUCGGGAGACAUCGGACCUCCACUCCCCGCGUUGAAUUUGCAUAAAGCAGAAGUCAGUAGUAGUUUAUGUAUAUGAGCUGUGGGGCAACCAGCAUGGAAUGCGGUGCGUUUCACAUAGACAAUGAAUGGGAUGCGAGAAAUUGACGGAUCCUGUGGACACGUACCUUGGAGAGAUGGACAUAGACAUAGCAACCACCUGUUGGUUUGUGGACUGCUCUUUUCAAUCCUUGAGUUUUACAUUUGGCUGUGGGCAUCUUGAUUCUAACAAAGAACUCAAGAACAAUUUGAACAUUGAUAGCAAUCAAUCACAAAUGAGCUCCUCCCUAAAUUCUAUCCUGUUUAAUUAACUGUUUUUCUGUAAAUGGGCUAAUUAAUUUACAAAAUGAAUAUCAUUUGUAUUAAAAAAGACGUUUAAUCGAGUAAAUUAGACAAUAAACUCAUUAGACAACUGUACAUCAAGUUAACGAAUCAGGGGAGAACAAGGGUGAUUGUCUCAUUGACUUCUAUCUACUGUAAUCUGGCUUCUUUUUACAAACCUUCUGCGGUGUUACCUUCUCCUGCUGACUGUUUGAAACCAUCUGAGUUUACUAUGCUUUUCUCAUUGGCUUCACUUUUCAGACAUUAUGUCCAUCUUUUAUAUACAGUCAAUGACGUGGCCAAAGGAGGGAUGAACUGAAAUGAGAUGAGCAGCAACCAUGACGGCUGAGUGUGAUAGGCCGAGACAACUGUCUAUCAAAGCAUCUUCUUAACGUUAUUUCUGAAAAUCUGGGCUCAGGUUGACAUCAGAUGUAACAAUCUACUCCGAGCUGAACUUUCUGUGUAAAACUAUUGAUUUUGUAUUUGUAGAGAAUUUGAGAUUUUCUAGUUCACUUCAGUACAAUCAGAAUUUCCUUGGAGCUGCAUCUAGUGGACAUUAUAGGAACUGCAGCAGAACACAGUGAAGCAAAAAAACUCAUACAUCAUGUGUCUACAUAGCUACAAAGCCCUAUGUAAUGUAAAUUUAUUAUCUUCCUAUGUCCUUAAGAGUUUGCAUGGACACCACAUGCAUGCAAGUGUUCGGUUGAAGUUUAUCCGGCCCCUUAAUCUCAAAAUCCAACACUGAACUGUGACAGUGUUUACUCCCUGAAGUAUCCGAACAUCAUUUUAAUGCAAAUUUCAAACAAACCAGUUUGAGAAUAAAGAAUAUAUAUUUUGUUUUAAUAUAAAAAAGUUAUAUUAUGCAGCCUAAGUUGAGUAUCAUCUAAUGAUAGCAAACUAGAAGCAACCUUAUCUACAUUUUGAAAUGAAAAAUGAUAAAUCAUAACAAAUUUGAUGCUUUGUUCCAUUUAAUCACAGGAAAUGUAACCUGUCUUUUGAAAAUGUACUCACCUGAAAUGUCUAAAUGAUAACCUGAGAUGUACGUUUGUCUUGAAUGUGGUAUCUCGUGUAUCCUAUGUAGGUGUGACAAUAUAUCAUCAUAAUAUGCAAUUAUUGCCAUGUAUGCUGUUUUUACAGAGAGACUGGUGGUUGUUUGUGGUACUUUGUGUCACUCACGCUGUCCCAUGAGCACGCUGGUAUCGACACUGAUGCACUUUGGUCGUCUGUCGUCCCUGCAUGACGCUGGUGUCUGAAACUUGUUUUUCUACAGGAAAGACUGAAACCUGAGCUGACUUUACCUUGCUCCUGAAAUAUCUCAGAGGACUCUGAGGUUUCCUUCUCUCUAAACUUUAUUACCUACUGCUGUUGGUCACAUGUAUGUUACGACCGCCGUCUGUGCAUGAAGAGCACCUCAAUGUUAAAAUGGUACAACGUCUUUAUUAAUAUCACGUAUGCACUGUUUUGGAAAUUCACGACUUGGAGCAAAAGCUUGGAAGACAACUUGUAGUAACCACAAAUUUCUGUUCUUCAUUUAUUGUCAGGAAUUCAGACUGUGUCAGCACAAAGAACAUUUAUUUUAAAAAAAUCACAUCAAACGUCAACAAUAAAUGGUUUUAUACUUUGUA